GAAAUACAUGCACUUUAUCGUGUCGCAAGAGGUUGAAGGACUCGACGCUGGUUGGCUCGGUUUGAGCUGCGAUGGCGUCAGUGGUGGGAGGGCUGGAUGUGGGGACGACGAGUGUAAAGCUGGUCAUUGGCACAGCAGGACAAGGUGCAGCACUGCAGGUGGUGUUUGAGACAUCGCUGCCGCACAAUGCAUAUGUGUGCCAUGGCCCCGUGCGAUUCGAGCAGGAUGCCGGGAAGCUUGCGCAGGCAGUGGAAACGUGCUUUGCCAGAGCGCCAGCACACCUGCGCAGCGCCAUGACCACCCUGCACAUCUCCUGUCAGAUGCACGGCUGCAUUUUCUGGAACAAGGACGCGUUCACGCGCACCCCCGCAGCGCCACCCGGAUCCUUAUCUCUCCUCUUGCCGCCACACAGCCGCCUCUACACCUGGGAAGACAAGCGGUGUGACGACACAUUGCUGGCCGCAAUGACGAGCUUUGAGUGCCCGAGCAAGUCACGCCAUUGCCGCUGUGUCAACACGGGCUAUGGCUGCGCCACGCUGCUUUGGCACGCGCACCAUCAACCGGAAGUGCUUGACAACUUUGACUCGUGCACCAGCAUUGGCGACUUCUUCACAGCGGCGCUGUGUCAGCAACCAGUCGCCAUGAACACCACCCUAGCUGCAUCGUUUGGACUGUUCCACCCAGAGGACAACACGUGGUGCCAACACGGCCUUGCCCACGCCCUGACCACCACCACAACAACAACAACAACAACAACAACAACAACAACAACAACACCAACAACAACAGCACCAACACCAUCAUCAACAACAGCAGCAACAGCGCUAACAAGAGCGUCUACAGCCCAGCGCGUGGCAAGGGUGCUUGACAUGCUGCCACAGGUGGUUCCGCCGCUUUCCCGCGCAACCGCGGCCGCCCCACGACGCACAGCCUCGUCACCACCACCACCACCACCACCACAACCAUCGUCGUCAUUGUCGUCGCCACUGGUGUCCACUGACUCGCGCUGGCGCGGGAACAUCCACCCGACUGCUGCACAUGUGCUGGGACUGUCAGCGAGCUGUUGCGUCCUCACGGCGUCGGGCGACAACCAGUGCCAGGUGUUCGGAUGCAUUCGCGCGGGUGGAAGCACAAUCCACGCGCAAACAGGAAGCAAUAACGAUACUGGCCAAGGUGCUGAUGGUGGAGACGAUGGGCAUGCGCCGGCGUUGCAGUCCUGUGUGGUCAACUUUGGGACAUCCUCCCAAGCAAGCGUCGUCACUGCCACCGACAUGUCGCACGCAAUCACAUCAAGGAUGGUGGAGUGCCGGCCAUUCUUCUUCAACCGCUGGCUCCUUGCGUCGUCCAGCAUCAACGGAGGAAACGUCUUUGCUCACAUCGGCGCGCACCCGCACCUGCUGCGCACUGCGCUGCACACGCACACGCUCACAACCAGCGAUGGCGAUGGCGGUGAUGAAGAUGGUGGUGGCAGUGACAGUACUCCGAGUGAGGGCUCGUGGCUGUUUCGUGAGCUGGAGACGUGCAAGUGGACGGAGUGUCCAGUUCACGUUGACGCGCGUGUUUAUCGCGAACGCGACGGAACUGGUGGAGCUUUCCGGAUUGGAGAUGACGAGACGCCACCGUCAUCACCACAGCAGCCAGCGUCGCUGCCUCAGCUCCUGUCGGGGAUUUGUGAUAGUCUGGCCCAGAACGUCUGUCGCCCGCUCCUCCAGACACUCUCUGGGCAGAGGCCGGUCCUCGUGCUUGCAGGCAACGCUUGCGUUCGAAGCCCGUGCUUGCAGGCAUCCAUCCAGCGUGUGUGCUCUGCGAAGAAGGUGAUGAUUGCAGACCCGUCCAUGGACGCGGCCGCUGGUGCAGCCAUGCUGGCACUGCUGACGCGCACGUGAUCAUGGUGUUAUUUGUGUGUGUGUGUGUGUGUGUGU